GGCUGCUGACCUUGCUGAUGUCCUCUGUUGCUCCACCGCUGCCUCCUGCCCCGGGCAGCCCCCUGUCAGACAGUGAGUACCAGCAAUUCUUUGCCAACCUGCAGCCCCUCUGGAUGGCGGAUGUGUCCUGGUCGGUUGGUUUCGGCUGCCUCAGCCCCGCCAUCCUGCAGCUGGACCAGGAGGAGAACCAUGGCCGUGUCCCCAAAGGGCCCGUCUGCUCUGACUUCCCGGAGGCACCGUGGUUUCAGACCUUCUGCGAGUUCGCCCAGUACCGCUGCUUCAAACGCCAGUUCUACACCAAGCGAAUCCCGUGUCUGAGUUUGUCUCCUCAAAAAAACCUUCUCCUCCCGACGGAGCGACCUCAUGCUGUGGGCUCCUGGGCAAGGGAUGAAAGCCCCCCUACGGAAGAAGGUACGACUUCUGUCUUGCCUGCUGAUGCCCUGCUGCAUGCCAACGUGGAUGCUCUCCUGAAGUACUCCUACGCACUGUCGGGUCAGAAACCGCUGCCGAGGAAGCUCCCGCCGGCGCCAGGGGUGCCAAGACCUCCGCAGCACAGGGGGCUGCCUGUCCUCCCACUGACCCUGCCGGUCCCGACUGCCCCUGCCCCCUCACCUCCCAGGCUGGGAUCCCCUCCCGGGGCAGAGCAACCCUGGGAGCAACGCCUGCAGAACAGCAUCUGGCAGCUGAUCCACUUGGCCCUCUCCUUGGAGACAUCCCUAGGCACCGAGGGCUCUUCUCCAGACUCCAGCACCAAGCCUGACCCAGGGAGCACAUCAGCCAGCGCCGAGGAGAGGACGCAGGAAGCAGCCCCCCGUGGCAGCCUUUUAGCCCUGAAGAAGGACGAGGCAGUGAUGAUCCUGUGCUAUGCAAUGCUGGAAGGAAACUGUCUCUCGUCGGUGGUCACCCAGGCCUGGAAGGAGAUGGAAGAAAGAGUCCUUGGGUUCGGAGAUUCGGUGUGUGACAGCCUUGGGCGGCAUCACAUGGACCUGUGCCCUAACUGCGCUUUCUGCUCGCUGAAGAGGGAGCAGUGUCCAAACAUCAAAAACCUGAACCGUGUUCACUGUGAGACAGGCAGCUUCACCACCUACAUCAACCCUCAGAUCUCAGCCCAGUACCAGGCUGCAGGCAACAAGACCAGCUCCCCAGAGACCUCGGAGUACUAUGGCAUGGAGGUUUUCAGAGGGCUGAGGGCGGAGUACUGGUGCAGCCGGAUGGCCAUCCGUGGCUGUGAGGACCCUCGUGUGACCCUCUGGCUGAAGGCAGAGUACACUGCCUUCCAAGACAGAGAUGCCCCGAGCCAGAUCUGUGACUCGGGUGGAGUUCAGCACCCCAGCUACUGUGCGUUCAAGAGCCACCAGUGUCUGCAGCAGAGCCUCUACAACCAGAAGGUGUCUCGCCGUGGCUGCUACAGAAACGAGACGUACCGGGUGCUGAGUGAGAAGGAGGGAGGGGAGGAGGUGCAGCUGUGGCACCAGAUGUUCCUCAGCCUCACCAAGGGGUGA